UUUAAGUGACAUAGUACAAAUUCGGAUGCGAACCGUUACGGAGUAAAGUCGUGCGUCCAGUUUGCCCAAUUUUUAACGAAACACUAAUUAAAACAAAGAUCAUCACAAUGGCAGCGCGUAGAGAGAAAAUGCCGCCAACAACACUGAAUCUGCCCGCACGACACUCUUUGACUCCGCUCGAGCAGAUAGUUUACGAAGUUGGUAGUGUGAUGCCAUUAACGCCGCCUACAACACCGGAUGUUACGCCGUUACCGUUAUUUCCAAUAACCGAAACAAAAACGCCGGAAAAUGAUCCGGGCUUAAGUGAAAAUAAUUCAAUUAAAUCUGUGGAAAAAAAGAGAUUUACAGUGAUUGAACCGGCUGUAUUUCUGGUCUACGUUGCCACAGCGUUGGCUGGUGCCGUCUUGCAGAAUCAGCAACUCUAUCAAACCUGUGUCGCGGUCUACAAUUAUGAUAAAGAACUAUGUGAACCAAUGCUGGGCGUUAUAGCCAAAAAUGAAACGUCAAAAGAAAUCGAAACAAAAGUACAACCCUAUGUAGCCAACAUUAUUAUGACGAGUUCGGUGAUUAGCAGCGUUUUGCCGGCCUUUCUCAGUUUAUUCAUUGGACCAUGGUCGGAUAAGUUUGGACGCAGACCAGUGCUGGUCGCCACAUUUUCAGCGGCCCUAAUGGGACACUCUAUCACAACAAUACUGGCAGCUAUAUCUAUGGCAACACCUGUGAAUCCUUGGAUUUAUAUAAUAUCGAAUAUACCAUUGGCGCUGACAGGUGGCACUUGUGCGCUGAUAACAAUGGUAUUCUGUCUAGUAUCCGAUGUGUCUGACGAGGGCGGCAAAGCGAGACGCAUGUUCUUUGUGGAUGGCGCUUUGGGUAUUGGUACACUGGUUGGCAAUGUGAUUAGCAGUUAUAUACUGGCUGGUACUGGUACCAUCGGUGUGUUCGCAAUUGCUGCCGGUAUGGAUUUGUUAGCGCUGUUGUAUUUGUUGUUCUUUGUCAGCGAAAGUUUGAAAUUGAAACACGAACGAAAGGAGUCAAAGUUGCGCGAGUUCUUCCAUUUCGACUUGAUUAAGGACUUGGUGAGGAGUUGCCUGAAACGCCGUCCACACUAUGAUCGUGCUAUCAUUUGGUGUAUAAUGUUCACCUUAGUAACCACCACUUUCGUAAUGCAGGGUGAAGCGAACGUCUUUUAUCUGUUUCUACGCAACAAAUUCAAUCUUACAUUACAGGAAUUCACCACAUAUAAUGCGAUUACGAUCUGCAUUAAAAUGGUUGGUUGUGGUCUGAUUUUGGUGCUAUUGCGAGUGGUAUUCAAAGCCCCUCUCAUAACGGUUGCAAUGCUCGGUUUGUUGGGUUGCUUCACCGACAGUUUAAUACGCUCAUUGGCACAACAAUUCUGGCAAAUGUAUUUGGCUGCCACAUGUGGCUUCAUGGGUGGCAUUAAUAGUCCGAUGUUGCAAGCGGUGUUAGCGGGCUUAGUAGAAGCGACCGAAAUCGGUAAAGUCUACGCUGUCAUCUCUUCGUUGCAAACUCUAUCGCCGCUGGCUUCGGCACCGGUCUAUACCGGCAUUUACAGGGCAACACUGGAGUCAUAUCCUGGCGCAUUUUACUUUCUCAGUGCCUCCAUUUAUCUAGUGUGCUUUGUGCUUAUUACCUGCCUGUUUGUUAUGCAACGAAUCGGUGCUAAAGCAGCCAGACAACCAUCGGCGCCAUAGAGGAAAUGUUAGCAGAAUUAUAUUAUUUGAAUAAACAAAUUGAUAUCAAAGCAAAAAAAUUAUGCGAAAAAAUUUAUUUUUUAAGUUUUCUAAGCGCAUGCUCUUUAAGCAUUUAACUGAAUUUAAUUGCUGUAUAUAUGUACAUGUAUCUUUUGCAUUGAAAUUAGGAAAAAUAAUUAUUUAAAUAUAAGUAUAUAAUAGUACUUAUAAGUUCUUAUUAAAACGAGGGCUAUUUUAUAAAAAAAUAAGCUUUACUCAUUUUUUCAAAUGACGGUGAGGUCCAAGGGUAAGUUCCAACGAAAACAAUUAUUUAAGUUCCUCCUAAAUUGUAACAACAGUUUUAAUUUAAUCUUUCGAGAUAUCUGCUUAAAUAAUUUACCAAAAAACUCACUAGGGGAUUAUUUCUCCUUUAGUUUCAGAGUAACCUUUUCUAAAAGCUAGCUGGCAAUUAGAAAACUCUUGCUGGUAUAUAAAGACUAGAGAGGAAGAUAUACAAGUGUGUUAAAAAAAUAACGGGAAUUGUAAAAUUUAAAAUUUUAUGAGUUUGGAGAGUCCAAUAGUAUUUAUUUUCUUUUUCGUUUUAUAACCAUACGAAAAAUCGCUGAAAGUGCUAAAGCCUAUCCCUAAAAUCGAGUAUGAUAUGUGUUUUGACGAUUCGAAGAAUCGCUGACAAAAGUGCAUAAUAUUCAAUGGGAUUAGUUCCCAUAGACAGAUUUGACAGUUCUAAGAUGAUGAGAACAAGAUCAAAACAAAUGUGUGAAGGUCGGAUAAUAAAACCAUAU